ACUCCGAGUUGAAGACUAUAUCAAGAAUACUCCGAGUUAAAAAUGUCUCCGAGUUUUGGCUGAAAAAGAUGAAAGAAUGACUAUAUUUGAGUUGAAAGAUCACGAGUCACUUGCACUGUGGGUAAAGAAAAGACUCACAUCAACAUUGUGGUCAUUGGCCACGGUUGACUCGGGCAAGUCGACCACCCACUGUCAUCUAAUCUACAAGUUGGGAGCUGUCAGCAAAUGUGAAAUUGAGAGUUUCGAGAAGGAAGCUUCUGAGAUGAACAAGAGGUCAUCCAAGUAUGCAUGGGUUCUUGACAAGCUCAAGGCGAGAGGGAAAGAGCUGACCAUUGACAAUGCUCUAUGGAAGUUUGAGACCACCACAUACGACUGCACUAUUAUUGAUGCUCGCUGGCAUCGUGAUUUCAUCAAGAACAUGAUUACCGGUACUCUCAAGCUGAGCUGUGCAGUUGUUAUUGACCCACGCGCUGGCGGUUUUGAGGUUGGCAUCUCUAAGGAUGGGCAGACACGUGAGCACGCUCUUCUUGCUUUCAUCAUGGGAGUGAAGCAAAUCAUUUGUUGCUGUAACAAGAUGGAUGCUACCACCCCCAAGUAUUCGAGGGCCAGGUAUGAAGACAUCGUUAACGGAGUCUCUUCCAUCCUCAAAAAGGUUGGCUACAACCCCGAUGUAAUCCCCUUUGUCCCCAUCUCUGGUUUUGAUGGUGACAACUUGAUCGAGCGGUCGGCCAACCUACUCUGGUACAAAGGCCCCACCCUUCUGGAAGCCCUCGACCAAAUUAACCAACCAAAACGCCCCACCAACAAGCCUCUACGUCUCCCCCUCCGGGACGUCUACAAGAUUGGCGGUAUCGGGACCAUCCCUGUUGGCCGAGUUGAAACCGGAGUCCUUAAAUCCGGUAUGUUUGUCACCUUUGGCCCCACCUGUCUCACGACUGAAGUCAAGUCUGUCGAGAUGCACCAGAAAGCUUUGGACGUGGCUCACCCUGGGUGUAUUGUUGGAUUUAACGUCAAGAACGUUUCAGAGAAGGAUCUCAAGAGAGGCUAUGUUGCUUCGAAUUCUAAGAAUGACCCAGCAAAGGAAGCAACUAGCUUCACCUCCCAGAUUAUUGUUUUGGACCACCCGGGUCAGAUUAAAAAUGGGUACACGCCGGUGUUGGCUUGUCACACGGCGCACAUAGCUGUCAAGUUUUUAGAGAUUCUGACAAGGAUUGAUAGGCGAUCCGGAAAGGAGCUCGAGAAGGAGCCCGUGUUUUUAAAGAGCGGCGAUUCUGGGCUAGUUGAUAUGGUUCCAACUAAGCCGAUGGUGGUGGAGACUUUCUCGGAGUAUCCUCCUCUGGGUCGGUUUGCCGUUAGAGACACGAGGCAGACGGUUGCUGUUGGAGUGAUUAAGAGCGUGCAAAAGAAGGAGGCAUGAAGCUGGCUCAGCAUUUAGUUGGUUGAUAAUGUGAAUAGAACCUUUGUUGUUGAUGUUUGUCUUUGAUACCGCUGCUAAUUUUGUUUCACCCAUCGUUUCUACUUUCUAUACUUUCUUGCUAUACUGUGAUUGAAGUGUUUGCAAUUCGUUAUACCACUAGCUAAUUUUGUUGCUUAAUCUGUUGCUGCUCCAAAAUUACAAAGAGCUUCUUGAAAGUACUUCAACA